AUUAACGAAGUUGAAGUUAGAAAAGCAACGUCAGUUUAUAUGCGCCAGGGCGAUGAUUCUUCAUCCAGAUCCUCCAAACCUCUGAAUUCUGAUGUUCAUUUUCCCACUUCCAGAAUCAUCGUCCCAAACCCUAACCCUAAAAGCGAGAGAGAGAGAGAGAGAGAGAGAAGGGAGUAUUUGUUGACUGAGAAGAUUCAAGCUUGUAUUGUUACGUAUAUGUGCAUGUACUACUGUUGCUGAAGAGAAUGGCGAUAAUUGGCGAUGCGCUUCGACAAGCGUUCAUGCCGAAAAACGAGUACGAAAGCCUGCGGGAGGAGGAUAAGGCGUGGCUCCGGCUGCGGAAGCCUUUCGUAGUGUUCUCAGUAGCCCUAAUUUCGAUCGCGGUUUUGGUUUCCACUCUGAUUAGCUUCAGCAUAGUGUUCCCGGAAGAUCCGGCACGACGCCCCUUUUGCGGGGACCUACGAAUUCAACCACUUUCUAUCAAUAUCACCGCCUCGGCAACGACGACGACUAUAAGCGGUGGGGCCGGCAGAGGUGGUGACUCCGAUGGGCCUUUUGGGGCUUUCUAUCUCACCAAUCAGGAGACUGUGGAUUAUUAUUGGAUGGUUGUGUUUAUACCAUCGUUUGUUGUCUUCGCCAUUUCUGCAGUGUAUCUGAUUGCAGGAAUUAUUGUUGCAUAUACUGCUCCUUCAAGGCAUGGAUGUUUGAAGGUAGUUGAGAAUAACUACUGUGCUUCUAGAAGAGGAGGAGUGCGAUGUCUAUCAAUUCUCAACGUUGUUUUUGCUAUCAUUUUUGGACUUUUAGCACUGUUUCUUGGUUCAACCCUGCUCACUCUUGGAAGCAGCUGUUCUGUGCCCCUGUUUUGGUGCUAUGAAAUUGCAUCAUGGGGCCUGGUAAUUCUAUAUGGAGGAACUGCCUUCUUCUUGAGAAGAAAGGCUGCUGUAAUUCUAGAUGAAAGUGACUUCACCGGACACAAUCUUGGAGUAGAAAUGCUUGAAGCAAAUCCAGUUGAAGUCACGCCAGAGAUGGAGAGACGCAUAAAUGAAGGUUUUAAGGCAUGGAUGGGUCCAUCUUUUUUGUCCUCCGAUGAAGAAGAUGAAUCUGACAACUACCAGGAAGUAUCAACUUUAUCUCGAACCAAUUCUAGCCGUCAAAGAGUGUAAUGUUAUCCUCAAAUCUUCUUACAUCUUAUUCAAGACUUCUUUCCAAACCAACAAAGUGCCAACGUGAAAUGUGAUGUUUCCCCGCCAUCAAUUUUCCACAUUUCCCCGCCAUCAAUUUUCCCAACUUCGAAGUUCGAACACAGCAGGGUUUGGACCUAAUGUAUGGAAGGCGUCAGUUGACAGUUGUAUAGUUGUUCAUACGACUGAUCCAUAAUGCAGGAUUGAAGAGACCAUAAAAGAUUAAUUCAUUCCGAUAUAGAGUUUCAAAGCUGUAAAAAGUUAGCUGAGAAAAAUGAUAUUCUUGCUUGUCAGGCCAGGAUUGUUAGAUAGUUGAUAUACAAACGUUUCUGCUAAUCUUUUCUGGGAUGAUAACUAACUGAUGCAACGUAUUAAAGCAAUUUUGUGUUUCUGUUUUUAA